AUGAGGUCCUACAUGCUCCUCUUGGCCCUGCUGCACUCUCUGGGAUGCUCGGGAGUCCCAGUGUACAACUCGGAGCUGGAGUCCAUGGCAAACCGGGGUCUUGGGGCAGCUCUGACACAGGCCAACUCUGUGUACGCCGUCAGCCAUCUUUACCGGGUGACUCGAGGCUCUGUCACAAGGGUGAUUCCCAUGGGCCUGAACACCGUUGACCUGCUGAUGACAUUUGGCAUUAAAGAGACGGAGUGUGUGAAGGCUUCCAGAAACGACCCCCAGACAUGUGCCUUCAAACCUGGCUUCUUUGUGCCAUCCCUCUCCUGCUCCACUCGGGUCCGAAUGUCAUCCACCUCAGCCCAAGUGGUUUCCCUCAGGUGCGGCCAUGACGGGAGCUCCAGCUCAGAGUCCAGUGAGGAGAUGUUUUCAAGAGGGAGACACCAGUUCAAUAUCCCAUUAGCAGACAGAGCCCCGGCUCCUCCUGCACCUCAUCCACCCAUCCAGCCUGAUCACUCCCUCCGCAGCCAGACAGUGGAAGUCCGGCCCAGAGGAGACACUUUUAGCAACUACCUGGUGUGA